AUGCAACAUUAUCCUCAACCCGAAGUGAAUGAAUAUGAAAUUGCCAAUGUGAUCUGCGAUACCACAAUUGAUGAAGACGAGCGAGAUGACAUGUUUGCUUAUCAAAGAGCAUUGCUUGAUUAUGGAAUGUUAUUGCUCAAUUUAUGGGAUGGAAUAUCGGAGGGCGAUGGGGAACGUGUGAUAAGGUGUUGGAAAUUUUUCCUUAUGUAUUUGAAGCAUCAAGGAACAUUAGCCAACAAGUAUUCUCUUGAAGCAUUGUAUUUAAUGUUCCAAUUAUAUGCAUUGCUUAGUCCUAAAGAAUCUCAUCGCCUGAUUUGGAACAGAUUCGUUAAGAACAAACAUGGACAAUUUGGCAAUAUAUCUUUGGAUUUAAAUUUAGAGUUCAAGAACAAACUGGUCAAGGAAGCCAUAAAACAUCUUGGUCCCAGUGCAAGCAAGAAGUCACUUGAUCGUAUUUGCCAUUCGUUGGGAGUAACUGCUGAUCUAAUGGCGGUUUUCGAUACAAACUUGAACAUUUAUAAAAGAUCUGGGAAGCAUAUAAAGAAGUCAACCAAGGGAGACCUGGAAAAAGUAGUAAAUGAGCUACUUACACAGAAGGCAUUUUAUCACACACCUGGCAGGGAGUAUACUUUUUAUAAAAAUAUUAAACCAAGCAUUCUAAAUGGUUUUGAUUUGCAUAAAUUGUAUACGUGGAUCAAUGAACAUAAAAAGCAUAUGAUUCUUAACAGGCAUGCUCGUUAA